AAGUCCACAGAUGGUGAGAAGCUGGAAGUGCACCAAACUCUGGCAAUCGACAGUGAAGAAAAACAUCAUGUUCGGUUUGAAGACUUGGCCACAUUGGUCGUAGACCUUACAAACCAUAGUCUGGGCAAGGAACAGUUAAAAGAUCGCAGUGUUUCAUAUUUGAGGUGGGGGUGUGGCGUGGCAGGGCAAGGAGUAUGCAUGGCAAGUGUUCGUCUGCCCUGUUGAAGGGCUUAUGCGUGAAACGACGACUCUUCUGCUCCACGGAUGCUGCGCUUUUUGACUGAUCUGCAGUCCUAACCAGUGAGCAGAAAACUGGAUACGUUCUGAAAUGAAGGUCGCAGGAGCCGAAAUAUGAAUUCUGCUUUCAUCGUGCCGUCAGGGCUGCUGAGUUUCUCUAACAAUAUUUUUUUCAAGAUUGACAGCAUAAUCCGCAGUUGUUUUUUUUCGUUUUCGUAGGUCGAGUCAUGCUGGGAAGCAGUGGAAGGCUUCAAAGCCCAGAGAAGGCAGAAUAAAUAAGUUUAAACCGUGACGGAAGAGACGUGGCAGUGAGAGCAGCGGUUGAGUGACAGUUAUUGACGUUCCCGCACCGCGCGCCCCCAAAACUUCAAACUGCAGCACGUGAUCAGGCUCGCCAACGGUCGCCCUCCUCAAGCUGGUUGGAACCGUCCCCACGUGGCCCCUGAACUCCCUUCCAAUUGGCCCGAUUCGAAUCCCGCCGGUCUCGUUUCCAAUAUUUUCCUUUCUGGAGGCAUGAGGGUAGUGGAGCAGUAAGGUGUCUCAAACAUCUACCUCACGUCGCAGAAAUAAUUAUCUUUGUCUGGUAUUGGAAACGAUAUUGGUGAUUGACGGUGGGUGGGUGUUUGUUUGCUGGUGGAGUUUUAAUGCUGAUUUAACGGGCGGGCUGGGGAUGUGCGCCAUUGAGCGCAGUUUGUAUCGAUUGAAGGGGUUGUUUCCAAUCUUCCAAAUACUGCGCGAUGCGGACAUCUGACAUGAUAUUUAACGAGUAAUUUAGCAGGUCUGACAGCUAGAAAACUUAAGAGUUAACGAUGAGAGUUUCCGAAAGUGAAUUUUGCCCGCAUCAGACCGGCUGCUUAAUUCCAGCCUUGGGUUCGAUUCACACUGAAGCUGUUUUCCUCCGAGUUUGUUCAGUGUUCCGAUGGUGAUGGUACUCUGCAAGAGUGAUAAUGGAAGUCGUAAUGUUAAACCUUGAUUUUGUUUCUCUUGAUAGACGCUGCUGAAUUUAUCCAGAUGUUUGUUUUGAUCGCUGAGUGCCUGGUUGAAGUUUCAAGCUGAGUUGAGAACCAAGAUUUAGAAGCCUUCACUUCAGGGUUUGUCAUGGAUGCAAAAACACAAGAGAAUCUUUCAUCGAACAGUCAUCGACUGAAGAAAGCAACAAGGAAUGCAUCUGGCAAAAGGAAAUUGAGGCAUGAUCCUUUGCGUGAAAUAACAAUGUCAAUAGUUGAAAAUCAACAUCAAAGCACCAGGCAACAGUUUUGUGCAAGACCAUUACAAGCCAACAAUGUACUGUGUUCACCAUUAAAUUUACAAGAAAAAGAAAAGGUAAAAGUUGGCGAUUUAACAAAGUGUCAUCCCCGAAAUGGGCAACUAGCGAUUGUUUCUGAAGGAUCACACGCAACCUGUCCAAGUGCCUCAGAUUAUUCGACCAAAAAGUCAUUAGAAUUAGACCUCCAGACCGAAGACUUAAUUCAAUCUGAUGGCUUACACCGGAGACAUGUUGGUCCAGAAACUCCAGGACCAACAGUUGAAACACUUGAGAGCAUUGGCAAGAACAAUUCUUUUCGAAUAACGCCGAAUGAUGGCAUCAGGGCUGCUGUGCAGAAAACAGAAAAUAAUGCAAAUAAACAAUUCCAUGGUCUGAUGAAACAGGACAAGGCACAAUCCCCUGCUCUGGUUUCAAUUUGUACAAAAACACCCUCCACUCCAAUGCAUUUUUCAGUGGUCACUGAAAAUCAACUGGGAGUCACAGCAGACAUAUUAAACCUUAAGUCAGCAGAGACGUUUUUAGCAGAGAGAAAGCGGUUUUCUCGGCGCACAUCUUCUGUUGGAGCCAGAGGAUCUCCAGAGACCAAUAGUCUUAUCUGCUACAUUGCCAAACGGAGAAUGCAGUUACAGGAAUCCCAUAAAGGUGCGAUGCUGAAGAGCAAGAUGACUGGAUUUGUGGAUGUGUUUCAAAAUUCAGAACAUGAUGAGAGGAGUAUAUCCACCCCAGAUCCCUCUGCUGUACAGCAUAAUGGUCCAACUUGUUCAGAACAACGUGAUAUCCUCUCCUUGAGUGGAAGUAAACCACCACUGAAGAAAAAGGUGACUUUUGGAGAACUGAGUCCUGAAGUGUUUGACAAAAGGCUCCUAUCCAACACUCCUUUGCGUGCGGGAGAAACGUUCAUGUGUCAGAAGAUGUUGUCAAGGGAAGGUCCUCUUUCUGCUCAGAAGCAAGUGUCAUUGGUCCAAUUCGGUUUGGGAGCGCGAAUGAACCUGGUCAGUAAGAUGGCUGACAAUAGCAGCCCUGCUGUUCACGAAAAAUGCAACGACGCAUCACUGAAAUUGGUGCCAAAAUUAACAGAUUACAUGGAAAAUGGAACUGCUGAAACUAAGCUUGGUAAUGAAGAGAGAGAUUGUUCAGCACCCAACAACCUUGAACUGUCGUCUCCGAUGUCAGAACGCAAUGUAAACCUUCAGAAGAAGCCCAUGAAAAAUGAUGAAUAUCCUUGUGAUGUUUUGGAAAUGAAUGUUGAAGAAGUGAAAGAAGUUGUAGUGGAUCAUUCAUCGAAGCACAAUAGCAAAGAGAAUCAAGUUGGGGAUAACAAUGUCAUUUGCCGAAAUGUGCUUAGUGGAAAGAAAACCAAUUCUGUGAAUGAGUCAAAAUUGUCAAGGGUAAUGGAUGAGUCAAAGUGUUCUCGUACAAUUAGUGACUUGGGGUCUUGUGGAAUUAAAGCAGCAUCCUCUGUUCAGCCUGAUGUGCAACAAGUGACUUGUAUACUUGAUGAAAAGUACGAAAAUGGUGACCUUCAGAUCACCGAUGUGUCCAUUCAAGAAUCUACCAAUGAACGGGAGCAAAACUGGUCUUGUGGUGAAGGUGCGUGCCUGGGGAUUCAGAAUGUCACUACUGAUGCAGUGUGUCUUAAUAUGUUUUCAGUGCCAUCUCUCUGCUUAAGUGUGGAGGUAAGCCCAAAAUUUAAGCAAGAGGUCCAACUUGAAUACCUGUCAGAAAAGCCCAAAAUUGAGGAACCCCGCAGAUCUUCUCGGAUGAAGAACAAGAUUAACACCACUUCAAAGAAUUCCACGAUGGUAACAAAAGGCAAAUAUAGAAAGAAAGUCAAAAAAGAACUUUAUGGAAAACGGGAAUAUGCUUCCAAGAAACCAUUACUGAGCCCAAUCACCGAGGACUCUAAUGUGUGGCCUGAGCCAGCAGAUUUUCCUGAUUGUGAUGGAAAGGCAGACUGGAAAGCUUCAAGGAUGAGCAAUCUUCUCCCUCUUGAGGGUAGUCUUAUUGAAGAAGAAAGUAGACAGAGCACAUUCAACUCUGAAAAGCCAGCUGAUGGACAUGCUGCUUUGCAUGCAGUGUCCAUAGGGGAACAAGUACGAAAACCAAAAAGAGUGUGCAAGAGCAGUCUCCACGACUUUGAGGAAUCUGUUGAAAGUGACAGUGAGCAAAGAACCACUUUGGUUAACAAUGUGAGUGAUCACCAGUGUGCACUUGAGAAAGUGAAGAACAAUUUAAGCAGUGGUACUGAUGAAUCGCCUGUAUUUUCACAUACAACAUUUGAUGAGUUGGAAGCUUUGGAAAGUUCAGGUGCUAAGAAUCUUGACAAUGAGCCUACUUGGAUGAGUGAGACAUUUUCAAACAAGAUUACAAGGAAGCAUCUUUCAGAAGAGUUCACUAUGGUGAAAAAUAAUCAGAAAGGAACAGAUGGAGUGCAGACCCUACUUGAGAGACAAUAUCCAAAGGACAUUGAACUCAAACAAUAUUUCAAGGAGGCGGUUGACACAGCUGAUUACAAAAUCAUUAGUUCUUGUCUGGAAUCUGAAUCAAAUGUUGUUCAAGAAAGUGACCAGCAACUGAAAGCAGAGUCAGCAAAAAUGGAGAACUUGACUCCUGCCAGUAAUUUCACUGUAACUAAAGAAUCCCUUGUAACAGCAACUGCGCCAUCCGUUGCAAUUAAUGACCAAAGGGUGUGUCAUUUACCUAUAGCCACUCAGGGGAUAUUUCAAAGCAGAACUUGCCGCAGAAAGAGCAAAAUAUUUGGAGCAGCAGAAUUGGCAUCCAAAAAGCAGGUAGACAAGCCAUUUGUAGACUAUUUUGGAGGACAUGAGGCAUUCGAUGCAAAUGAUACAAAUGGUCACGAAGCUGUGAAUGUAUCACAAACAGAAAGCCUUGUAAACAGCAUGAUGGGCAAUGGAAUUGUUCCCAAGUAUAAAAGUAACAUUGAGGUUGAUGAGGCUGAAGUAAAAACCAACUUUGGAGCUCUGUUUGAUAACUCAGGCCUCUUAUGUUCAUCAGAACAGAUGAAUAUAAAUAUAUUUGAAACUGCUGACCAGUUGGAAGUGGGAAUCAAAUAUUUAGGUUCUUCAAGAGAAAACUCAAUCUUCAAAAAGAAGGUGAGGCGUAGUGCCCGGCUGUCCGGUGUGAUAAAUGUGGCAGGACUGAGCUGGGUUGAGGUAUCCAGCACUGAACCGGUACACGAAAAGAUGACGACCAGUAUGCUUCCCAGAAGAUCUUGCAGGCUCACCAAACCAUGGGGAAACAUUUCCAGUGCAGAAGAAUUGGCGAGUAAAACUGAAUCCCAAGCAAGAAUUAGAACUCUCAGGCGACGGUCACUUUCGUGUCUCCGAAAUACAGCUACUGAUGGUUUGGAGGAAUCUCCGAAGAAAAGCAUGGUUGAACUAAGUUGACCAGCAGAAAUACUCAGGAGUUGAAGAAAUGGGAAGUUGUAUAACAGACUUUCCUGACAUUUGAAUGAAGAUAAUUGACAUUGCGACAAGUUCAAAGAAGUGAAAACCCAAGUUUUCUUUAUUUAGAGGAUGUUGUUGUUCCUUGCAUAUUCUCUGCCACUGUACCAGUGUGAACCAUGGAGCAGGUAUUGAAUCUCUGCAAUAGCAGAUCCAUAGUUAUAUUGUUGAAAUGGAGCGAUUUGCUGUUCUGCUGUGCACAGUGCAAAUUGUUUUGUGAUUUAUUUUUCUUUGAAGCAACUGAUAUAUUUUUAAAAAAAAACAGAAAUUGCUUGUGAAAUAAUGUUACAUUUGCUUUGUCAUUUAAAAAACAUUGUUCAGCUAAUUUCAUAAGAAAUAAAGAGGCACACAUGCUGAA